CACAUUGUCGGCCGCUUCAAAUCCAAUAAAACCCAAAAACAGUACCAGAAGCUGAAAGAUGUUCUUCUUCUUCGUGGGCGGAUUAGAGCAACAGGCAAGACAGGUGCUGAAAUCAGGUGUGGGGAGGUGCAUAAACUGUGGUUCCAGAGCUGAUCUUGUGGAGUACGAGAAAGUGUUGAAGCUUUUCUUUGUGACUGUUUGGAGAUGGUCAGGGACAGACCCACUCAUGCACUGUAACAAUUGCAAGCUUUUCUUCCCGCAGGAUCUGUCUCUUCCGAUUGAUAGCACCACCGCAUCUUCUGCCGUGACACAGACCCUGCGUUGUCGUUCCUGCGAUAGGCUUGUUGAGCCUGAGUUCAGAUUCUGCCCCUUUUGUGGGUCUGCUAUCUGAAAUAUUCCCUUUCAUCCACUUUUG